AUGCGUUACCAAGCUGGUCGCCUGCUGAUACGGAAGUUAAUUGCAGAGAAGUUGUGCAUACCUUGGAAUGAAAUAAACUUGCAAAGAACAUCAAAAGGAAAACCUUUCCUGGCAAAUAACGUAUUCAGUAUCUAUUCAAAUUACAACUUCAAUGUCUCUCAUCAAGGAGAUUAUGCGGUUCUUGCAGCUGAGCCUGAGCUUCAAGUUGGCAUUGAUAUUAUGAAGACUAAUUUACCAGGUAGUAGCUCAAUUCCAAAUUUCUUCCGCAUUAUGGAGCGACAGUUUACUGAAACAGAGUGGUGUGUAAUCAAGUCUAUGAGUAAUGAAUGGAUGCAGCUGGAUAUGUUUCAUCGACACUGGGCCUUAAAGGAGAGUUUCUUAAAGGCUAUUGGAGUUGGAAUUGGCUUUAAUUUGCAAAGAAUUGAAUUUAAUGUGUCCCCAUUGCAACUGGAAGUAGGGAAGGUGUAUAAGGAGACAAAAAUGCUUCUGGAUGGAGAUGAAGAAGCAGAGUGGACAUUUGAGGAAACCCUGUUAGAUGACCAUCAUCAUGUUGCAGUGGCUCUCGGCAAACAGGAAGGAUUUGGACAGAAGCAUUCUGAUGCUGAAGUUCACUUAAGUAGCCCGUCACAUCCAUUUUAUCCAUGGGAAUCUCUGACCAGAGGCAGAAAGCAGGAGCUUGGACUGCCUCUGAAUUCACAAACAGCUUCAGCAGCAUAGUUUUCUGCAAUUUAU